AUGUACGGCGAAGGCAACGUCGAGUCCAGGGUGUAUAUCCCUCCGCUUCUUGAUGCCGAGGAAGAUCGUUCCGCUGAUCCCGACGCUUCCGAACAGCUCCUGCGCCCGCACGAUGAGGAAUCAGGCCCCAACUAUCUCCCCGUCUGGCUACAGGAGUCUUCCAAAUCGUUCCACUGGGGCUGGGUACCCUUGCCCUUGAGAAAGGUUGGCCGUGCUACGGCAAACUGGGUCAAGGGUCCUAUUCCGUCUCAUCCGUUGUUGCUGAGCCGUUUGUUCCCGCAGUUCCAAGAACUCCCGGUUCGGUACCUGGAGCGGUUUUUUCCUAAGCGGAAGCAUAAAGUUUCGUUGCUAUUGGGGCUUUAUGUGACCUGGUUUCUACCGUGGUUUAUUGUGCUGUUGCAUUCGAGGUCGUCGGGGUAUAUUGAGGGAUAUGGAGCGCCGCAGACGCUUGCGUGUGAUACUACUCUCUGGGAAUUCGGUAAUGGCUGUGGUCUCAACGGCAAUGACUGCCGUCCCUUUACUGCGUCGAAUGUCCCAUUCCGCUGCCCUGCGAACUGCCGUUCUGCGAAACUGACGACGCCUCAUACCGUUGGGAAUGAAACAUACAACUACCAACCGCUCGUUGUCGGGGGUCCAGAUCCGGAGACUUCUUCUCCAGCAACGUAUCGGGCAGAUAGUUUCGUCUGCCAAGCUGCCAUCCACUCUGGCGCCAUCUCGAAUUCUGUCGGGGGCUGCGGUGUCGUUCGUCUUGAAGGCGCGACACAUAAGUUCCCUGCGUCUAAGCAGCAUGGUAUCGUGUCAUCUGGUUUCCCUUCGACGUUCCCGAAGUCGUUUACCUUUGUCGAUCUAUCGUCGUCGCAAGCUACUUGUCCCAAGGAUCCCAGAUGGCCGCUUCUGGGCGUCACGGCUGCUGCCGUUGUCGUUCUUUGGCUUUUCUGUACCUCCCCGCCUGUUUUGUUUUUCAGCACUUUCUUCAUGGUUUUCUCCCACACAGGCCUGGUGUCGGACCCGCCGUCGUAUCCCUAUUUUGCCGAUCUGGCGUCCGCGUUGCUGUCGCGGAUGCUGCCGGCGUCAUUCGUCGCAUAUGUUCUCUACAAAUUUUGCGCGCAGCCUCUAUUGGCUCCGCUUUCGUUGCCCGAUUAUCAGUUCACCAAACUGUUCCUCUACUUGCCACCGCUAUUCUUUGCCGCGCUGAAUAACUACACUUUUGCCAAGUUGAUACCUCUGGAGCGUCUUACUCCCCAUGACAUCCAAAAGCAGCCAGGGGCAAAGUUUGCUUUGGCCAUUGUGAUUCCGACCGUGAUAUGUAUCAUUCUCAGCCAGGCAUGGCAAAUCCGCCAGGGUGGAUUGAUGCCGCGGUAUCUCAAGAUCUAUGGCACUAUGGGUAUUAUCCUCUUGAUUCUGCUCCCUUUGCCCGGUCUCCGUCUUCGGAUUCACCACUACAUUCUUGCUAUUCUUCUUAUGCCGGGAACUGCUUUCCCUACUCGUCCGUCAUUGAUAUACCAAGGUCUGCUUCUGGGUCUCUUUAUCAACGGUGUCGCUCGAUGGGGAUUUGCGUCGAUUAUUGAGACUCCCGCUUCCUUGGGUGAAAUUGCUCCUGGCCCGGUGGGGCCGCACGGCUGGUGGGGUGCCACCUACCCCAACAUCACGGACUCUUCUGUCCUGAUCCACCUACCUGACAGAGACUCUGGUGAGGAAUACCGCGGCAAUGGCAACAUCACCUUUGCUCUAUGGGAACACGAGCGCAUGGCUAAGUUUGGCGUUGACGGUGUGUCCGUCCUCGUCAAUGACGUGGAACGCUGGAGGGGAUACCUUGACGAGGACAAACAAGGCGAGUUCACCUGGCACCGUCACGGUCACAAGGGUCUGGAAAUGUUCCAUCAGUCUACUAUCGAGGAUGAUGCGGAGCCGGACCAGUUUGGUGUCAAUACGGCAGAUGAACUGGAUGACGAUAACAAACCUGAGGAUAUCUUCUUCCGCUUUGCUUUCCUGAAGGGUGCUGAAGCGGGUGGUUAUGGCGGUGCUGGGGUUUGGCUCAGUGAUGGGACGUGGGUUUCUGCUGAUCCUCCUGAAAUAUAG